UACCCAUUUAACCCCAUUGAUUCUGAGCGGUAAACCACGCGCUCGUAAACAAAGAUGAGCGAAGACUGUUGCAGCGACGUCAGGGAGGCGACUCCCAGUCUUUCCCCCAGCCAGUUGGAGCGAAUAAAACGAAACAGAGAGAGAGCAAAGUCGAUACGUCAGGCUCGACUUCAGUCAAAACCCUACGACCUGACAACUCGACGACAACAACCCCACGUGACCCCAGGUUGGAACUGUACAGUAGUCAGUAGCUUUCAGUGUGUCUGUAGCCGUACUGUAGACUACGUAGAAUUAUGGUAACACCCGAUACUUUUCUUCCCUGUAGUAGGUAAUAAUCUUUCUUAUGCUUUGUUUACCUGGGUGCAAGAUUAGAUGCAUAGCACACCAGUGACUAUGAUAUUAUGACAUUUGAGAAUCCAGGUCAGAGGAGAGAAGAGGAGAGAAGGAAGCUGGAGUCAUGGGUGAGUGGAGUGUGUUCAAAGAGCUCGGCUGGGAGAGAUACAGGUGGAGGGUUCCUGCUUGAGGAAGAUGAGGAGCAGGGGGCCACAGUGGGAGGCAGAGGUUUAAAAACUGUGGAAGAUGACGCCCCAGCUCUGCCAGAUGAACGGAUGAUGUGCAUCGAGUGCAGGAAAAGAUUUGCAGAGUCUUUUCUCUUCAGCAAGUUCAGUUUCAGCGUUUGCGAUCAAUGCAGGGACCCAAAAGAAAAGCAUACUUUGAUAACUAAAACGGAAGCAAAACAGAGGUACCUACUGAAGGAGUGUGAUUUUGGAGAGAGAGGUGGAGAGCCUUUACCCUUCAUUCUCAAAAGAAACCCGCACGGCUCCUAUCGAACUGACAUGCACCUCUACUUGGCCGUCCAGGUAGAGGCCAGAGCUCACGGGGUGUGGGGAGGUGAAGAGGGGUUAGAGGAGGAGAGAGAGAGAAAGACAGAAGCCCGAGAAAAGAAGAGGGAGAAGAAAUAUGUCAAGGAAAUUCAGAAACUGAGGAAGGCAGUAAGAUCUAGUGCAGUGUCUACCCAGUCAAGAGCUCAUGAACACGUAUUCUCAAGUGAAAUCUAUUGCCCAGAGACAGACUCAUGGUCAAAAACCUGUGAGGAUUGUGGACACAAAAUAACUUAUGAAAAAAUGUAGGGCCAUUACCAUUUUCAUAAUGUAGGCAUUCUAAUACAUUCUAAUGCAGCAUUAUCACUAGUUCAUGUUUGGUUUGCCUUCAACCUCGUUGAUGACUGACGUAUAACUUAGCUUGUGAGUGUGAGUUGAGAUUACCGAAGCUCUGGCAAUUCAUACUUUCUCUACAUGCAUGCCAAGCAUACUUGGAGUGUUGGAAAUAUUCAUUGCCGUGUGACCCGCCCUCCAUCUGUCACUGCCUACAGGGUAGUGUGUGUAGGAUGCACUAAGACCCUAGAGAUUGAUACUGCAAAUCAGUGAAUACUUAACUUGACAAACAACUAGGUCGAUCGAUAAUAUGCAGUGACUUGCAUUCUUAUGGAAGGUAUAUAGCUCUAACUAAAAGCACAGUAUUGUAGCACUACCAGUGCGUUAUCAUCCGUCGUCAUCGUAUAUUUACGAGAGUAACCUAGUAACGAAUACUGCAGACUAUCUGCGAACGGUUCGCUUUCUGCGGAGGUGUGUACUUGCCCCUCUUCCCGUCUUCGCUGACGCGUAACUGACAUGACGGCAGCGCUGGAAAGCAGUCUAACGACCAUCGACUGGCUCUCGCAGAUGAAGAGCUCUUCGGCGGACUCGUCUUCGAACAACCGCCAGCAGCAGACCGGGGGCGGCGGUAGGGGGCAGACUAGGAAGCCUCCCCCGAGUCCCAUCGACCUGACAGCCCGCCUGAACCCCAGAGAUGCCCGGACCUACCAGAUCACCGCUACAAAACCGCCCUUCUCCUACGCUACGCUCAUAACAUUCGCCAUCAACAGUGCGCCUGAGAGACGGAUGACGCUGAACGGAAUAUACACUUGGAUAACACACAAUUUCCCCUUCUAUAAUCAAGCAGGGUCGGGCUGGAAGAAUUCUAUCAGACACAAUCUGUCACUGAACAAGUGUUUUCGAAAGGUUCCUCGGCCGAAAGAUGACCCUGGAAAGGGUUCCUACUGGGAAACUGACCCAACACCACUGGAGGAAAGUGGAAGUUCCAUUUCACUCUCUGGAUUCCCGAGAAAGAGAAAAAGCAGUGAAAAGCAAGAGGAAAGCUACCACGAGACAAGAAGGGAAGGUGCCAGCAUCACUAUAGACUUGAGAGCCAGUAGUGCCCUCGCUCCAACCCUGGCCCAGAUCAACAGCAGGAAUGCUAGACGCUCGACCAAGCGGGUCAAGCAGGACUCCACCGUCUACCCUACCACUACAACCUACAACUAUGACCUCACACUCUCACUGGGGGACAGACACCCACUAUCCUCCCUGGAUGAUUCGUCCAACCCAUUCGGGGAGGACGUGGUUGCCGAUCCCCUCAGCUCCUCGUUCAAGAGUCUGUACAAGUCAAUCUUUGGUCACUCUGUGUCCAGCGGUGAAUACUUGAACCCUCCGCCUCUUCCCCCAUCCGUUCUAACAGACCUGGGCACUUCUGAUACAACUAUCCCACUCGGUGGUUCUGCACUGUCUCUGCCAGGUACCAGUAUUGCUGGCCCGACAGACAGCGCAUCUAACUACUGCCCACAUUUCUACACGCUCAUGGACAGUUUCAGGGACAUAGCUGAGAGUAACAGUUGGGACAAGCUAGAGCCUGAGCAAGUCCACAGUCUUAUGCAGUCUUUCAAGGCAGUCGAGCGAGACCGACAUCGACUCGGGCUCAACGACGAGUCCUACUCCCGCGUUUCUUCCUCGUUUGGGCAGUUUCUGCAGCAGCUCAGCUGCAGGUUCGUGUCUGAUUCGUCCGGUGACGAGAGCGUAGGGAGGGACCACAAUGUUGCCGAUCUUGAAGACUACCAGCCUAACAUCCCCGGAUCUGGAGGCAGUGCAGCUCAACCACUGGUCGACUCACUCACACCUACUUACCCAGAGAACCCGGAAUUGUUCCCAAUCUCAGGGACCUCCCCACCGUCUUCCAAUUACUGCUCCCAACACCUGGCUAUAGAUCCAGCGUCCCCGACUCGUCCUAGUAGCAGGGCGCACGUAGCACCGCAUCACUUUGUCUCCGACAACGCGCACACGACGCAGCUAUUUCCCUCAUCCGGUGGUACACACGACGAGAGAAGAGAGUUCAAAUUUCUCCGUCCUUCUUCGGCCACUUUCAUUAGACAAGGCAUGGAGAUGCAAACAAAAGGUGGAGACCACACCACUGCUACACACCCCAUGGAUCCGUUCGGAAAUGACGACGAUGAAUUUGAUUGGUCGACCAUUAUGUAAUCCUCUCAACCACUCUUACUUUUUAACCCUCACAAUACAUGUAUAAUAAUAUGAGACACAGGUGUAACAGUACCCUCCACAUUCUAUGUCAGAAAAUA